CUUACAAUCAGAAUUCAACAUAGCCUUCUUGAACUACCUUCUUGUGCAAGAUAGCCGCGAAUAACCUCCUCAAAAUUAAAAUAUGAUAAGUGAUAAGCCGUUUUAUCUGUCCACUCAUUUAAAAAGACAUUCCGAGCGGAUUUACGCAGCUUGAGGACAGGGGUGGGCUUAAAAAUGGUCAAAUACUUGAACCAGUCUGAGGCGAUAAACAUCGACCAGGAGCUGUUCAAUGAGUACAAAUUCAGCGUUGACCAGCUCAUGGAGCUGGCUGGCUUGAGCUGUGCGAACGCUAUUGCAAAAUGUUAUCCGAAGGCGAAGGCCAUGUUGGUCUGCUGUGGCCCAGGGAACAACGGAGGUGACGGCUUAGUCUGUGCGAGGCACUUGAAACACUUCGGCUUCAAACUGACGGUCCAUUACCCAAAAAGGACGGAACUCCAGCUCUACAAAAACCUGACCGCACAGUGUGAAUCCCUCGAUAUAGAAUUUAUCGAUUGUGUGUCCAAGGAAUCUCUUGACUGCCAUGAUUUGGUGGUUGAUGCACUUUUCGGAUUUAGCUUCAAGCCACCGGUCAGACCUAGUUUCGCCCCGCUGAUGGAUGCCCUGAGGGGCACUUCCAGCCCAGUUUGCAGCAUCGACAUCCCAAGCGGAUGGGACGUGGAGAAAGGUCCUCUGGAAGACUCACUCCAACCAGAAAUGCUUAUCUCUCUCACAGCGCCAAAAAAGUGUGCUGAGAUGUUUAAAGGAAAAUAUCAUUUUUUAGGUGGGCGUUUUGUGCCUUUCGCCUUGGCUAAAAAGUAUGAUCUUCAACUCCCUGAUUAUCCUGGAACUGAGAAUUGUGUCUCCCUCUCAAAUUCACUUAAAUAAAAUAUAUUUUUUCAGUUA